AUGUGGGCGAGGUUCUCCAGACUGAAUGCUGCCCUCCAGGACGCCCUGUCCCCCCAUUGCACAGAGCUGUUUGUAGGAGCGUCACUGUCUUACAGGUGCUCACUGCUGCAGCUGCAGAAGAUGUACGUGGCCUUGGGACGCGCCGCCGACCACCUGAUGAGUCACUUUGGCCUACCCGUGGCCAUCGACAUCGCGUUCUGCAUCUGUGGCGCCACUUGCAGUUCCUAUGAGGUUCUCGUCAAGCUGCUGUCUGAGAGUGAUGUGCCGGGACCCUCAUUCGGCGAGUAUGUGAGAGUAUCGGAGGUAUGGCUUGCCUUGCACUGGAUCAGGAUCCUACUGUUCUCGUUGUCGUGCGCGCCUGCGGAAGACACUGCGGCAGCCACAGGUAUGAUCCUCAUCAGGGCAUCGGUGGUACCUCAGCGGCGCACGGCUGAGUUUGCUGAAUUCCUAAGGUUCACGCUUCAAGGACCUCGAACGUCCUUCAGUGCCGCCGGAUUUGUCAAGAUCGACCGCCGUCUGAUAGUUUCUGCUUUCACUGCUGUUGUCACGUACCUUAUCAUCCUAGGACAACUCACCUUCAACUAG